AUGACAAGUAACACAACCAGACCGGCCUAUCAGUCCAAACUGGGGGUCUACGAGAAGUUUGAUGUCAUUGGACCUUCUACUGAUAUUUAUGUUCUUCUUGGUGAAGAUGUCACCCUACCUGCCACACUCUCACCACCUCUCAAUGCUCAGGGAUUUGAGCUGACAUGGGUUCAAAAUGAAUUGCACUCCCUGGUACUUUUAUACCAGGACUUCCGAAUUAGACUUGAGUAUCAGAUGCAGGCCUUUAAGGGGAGGACUGCACUUUUCCCAGAAGAACUUGUGAGUGGAAACGUGUCUCUGAGACUCCAGGAUGUCCGUGUCUCUGAUGGUGGUCUCUACAGAUGUUUAGUGGCCUCUGAACAAUGGAAUGAGGAGGCUCACAUCACUCUGAAUGUUGAAGUCGUGGGCACUCAGCCUUCCAUUUCCAUCAGCACUACAGAAGACCAGCAGACCAGACUGGAGUGCAGCUCUGAGAAGUGGAGCUCUCGACCACAAGUGACCUGGAGAGACAUGAACGGUGUAGAUGUGACGUCACAGUCCAACUUAACAGUACAACGGGAUGAUGAGGGUCUCCUCAGGGUGAGCAGCGUCAUCCCCAUCAAG